AUGCAUGCACCUACUGUGUUUCGCUGGAGCUUAGUAAAACGCAUCCUUCGUUAUCUUAAGGAAACGUCUACUUUUGGUAUACUUCUUCGACCAUCUCCUUCUCUACAAUUAUCUUUCAGUGCAUAUACUGAUUCAGAUUGGGCUGGUUCUCUUGAAGAUCGACGUUCAACCAGUGGUUAUUGUGUAUUUUUGGGUGGUAACAUUAUCUCUUGGAGUGCUCGUAAACAGAAAAUUGUGUCACGUUCUAGCACUGAAGCAGAAUAUAGGGGUCUUGCUAUUGCUACUGCUGAAAUUAUGUGGAUUCAAUCACUUCUCUCAGACUUCGUUCUUCAACUCAAUCACCUCUGGUUCUAUGGUGUGAAAAUCUGGGUUGCUUUGAAACUUCUUGAUGUCAGAUUUGUAUCUUCUAAGGAUCAAAUUGCAGAUAUCUUCACUAAACCUCUAUCUAAAGAUCGGUUUUAUCUCUUAAGGUUCAAGCUAACGGUUCAAGAUCACCCGUUACGCUUGCGGGAGGGUGUUAAGGCAUAUAGCACGUGUGUUAAGUAA